AUGAGCAAUCCUCCCACUUCUGUCAUUGCUCGUCGGAGAGUUGCCGAGCCAGAAGAUGAAUCCGACUAUCCAGGCGGAAGCAACGAGGAUCGUCAGGUGGUCAUCGCAGAGCGACGCAACACCGGCCCCAGAUUUGGGUUGGGCUUGGGAUUCUUCUCGAGGGUCACGGGUGCGGUUGCCGCGAUUGUGCUGGGGGUUUGGAUGACCUCCCUCUAUGGCUACCAAGCUGGGCGGACCAUCAGUCCUCUCGACUUCAAGGCCCGGACCGAACGAGUGCUGGCCACCACGCCGCUGAUCGACGGGCACAAUGACCUGCCAUAUCUGUUGAGGCUGGAGCUGAAGAACCGAAUCUACGAUGGACGCAAGUUCAAUUUCCAUGAAGGUCUGGCCAGCCACACAGAUCUGCAAAGGAUGAAAGAGGGCCGGGUGGGCGGCCAAUUCUGGUCAGUCUUUGUCGAAUGUCCCGAUCUCGUCCACCUGGACGACCCUUCGCACGCCGUGCGGGAUACACUGGAGCAGAUCGACGUGGCCAAGCGCAUGAUCGCCCAUUACGACGAGCUCGACUAUUGCGAGUCUUCGGCCUGUGCGAGGGCCGCGUUCCGACGGGGCCAGAUCCCUUCCAUGCUGGGCGCCGAAGGCAUGCACCAGGCCGGCUCCUCCAUCGCGGUCAUCCGGCAGCUCUACGACGCGGGGGUGCGCUACAUGACCGUCACUCACAACUGCGACAAUCCGUUUGCCACGGCAGCCUCGACCGUCACCGAGACCGGCAAGGACGCGGGCCUCUCGGACUUUGGCGCUGCCGCCAUCGCGGAGAUGAACCGGCUGGGCAUGAUGGUCGAUCUCUCACACGUGUCGCACCAGACAAUGCGCCAGGUGCUCGACCGGACGCGCUCCCCGGUCAUGUUCAGCCACAGUGCCUGCUACCAGCUGGCACGGAACUACCGCAACGUCCCGGACGACGUGAUUGCCCGAUUGAAGACCAACGGCGGCGUGCUCAUGGUCAUGUUCGUCAAGCGCUUUCUGAACGCCCAGGAACCCGAGGCGGCCAAUCUCGAAACGGCGGUCGACCACAUCAUGCACGUGGUCGAGGUGGCCGGCUGGGAUCACGUCGGGAUCGGGGCCGACUUCGAUGGGACGGUGACCUUGGCCCACGGCAUCUCGUCGGUCGCGGACUAUCCAAAGCUGAUCGAAGCCGUCAUGAGGAGAGGCGCCAGCGACGAGCAGGUCAGAAAGCUGGUGGGAGAAAACAUUCUCAGGGUCUGGAGGCAGAAUGAGCUGAACGCCCAAGUGUGGAGGAAUGAUUUGCCCGUCGAGGAUGUCUGGGAGGGCCGUCGAUGGACUCGGUGGAACAACCCGCUGCCGCUGAUGAUUCCGGGAAACACGCAACGCAUUGCCGCAAAGGACUAUCCCUAG